CAUAUUUUGAUGAACUUCUCGCCAAGUCAUUCUUUCAAACAUCUAUUGGAACAAAAGGACCAUGCUUUGUAAUGCAUGAUCUAAUACAUGAAUUAGCUCAACACGUGUCUGGAGAUUUUUGUGCUCGAGUGGAAGAUGAUGUUAAGUUACCAAAAGUAUCUGAGAAGGCUCACCACGUUUUGUACUUUAAAAGUGAUUAUUACCGGCUUGAUGCAUUUAAGGAUUUUGAGGCUAUGACUAAAGCUAAAUCUCUUCGGACAUUCUUACUAGUGCAUCCAGAGGAAGACUCUCCUUUCCAUGCUUUGAGUAAAAGAGUUUUGCAAGAUAUAUUACCAAAAAUGUGGUGUUUACGCGUGUUAUCAUUAUGUGCAUAUAAAAUAACUGAUUUGCCUAAAUCAAUAGGUAAUUUGAAACAUUUGCGUUACUUGGAUUUGUCUUUCACGGAGAUUAACAAAUUACCUGAAUCAGUAUGUUGUUUAUGCAAUUUACAAACGAUGAUGCUGAGAGAAUGUUCAUAUCUAUAUGAAUUGCCUUCAAAGAUGGGAAAAUUGAUUAAUUUGCGCUAUCUUAAUAUUGAUGGAUGUGAUUCAUUGGAAGAAAUGUCAAGUCAUGGAAUUGGUCGAUUAAAAAGUUUACAGAGGUUGACUCGAUUUAUUGUGGGCCAAAACAAUGGAUUAAGAAUUGGAGAAUUGGGGGAGUUGUCAGAGCUUCGAGGAAAACUUUAUAUUUCAGACAUGGAGAAUGUGGUGAGUGUUAAUGAUGCAUCAAGGGCUAAUAUGAAGGAUAAAAGUUAUCUUGAUGAGUUAAUCUUUGGUUGGGGUGACGAGUGUACCAAUGGUGUUACACAAAGUGGUGCAACAACGCAUGAUAUACUCAACAAGUUACAACCUCAUCCAAAUUUAAAACAACUCUCCAUCAGAAACUAUCCUGGUGAAGGAUUUCCAAAUUGGCUUGGAGAUCCUUCAGUGUUGAAUCUCGUGUCCCUUGAGCUUCGGGGUUGUGGCAAUUGCUCAACAUUGCCACCACUUGGACAGCUAACCCAGCUUAAAUAUCUGCAAAUCUCAAGGAUGAAUGGAGUAGAGUGUGUGGGUGAUGAGUUCUAUGGGAAUGCUUCCUUUCAAUUCCUAGAAACACUAUCAUUUGAGGAUAUGCAGAACUGGGAGGAAUGGUUAUGUUGUGGAGAAUUCCCUCGUCUCCAAAAGCUUUUUAUAGGAAAGUGUCCCAAACUCACUGGGAAAUUACCAGAACAGCUUCUUUCAUUGGUGGAACUUCAAAUUGAUGGAUGUCCGCAGCUUAUGGCUUCACUCACAGUUCCUGCAAUUCGUCAGUUGAGGAUGGUGGAUUUUGGUAAACUACGGUUGCAAAUGGCAGGUUGUGACUUCACAGCUCUUCAAACUUCAGAAAUUGAAAUUUUAGAUGUGUCUCAGUGGAGUCAACUUCCAAUGGCACCACACCAGCUCUCAAUUAGAAAAUGUGAUUAUGUGGAGUCUCUGCUAGAGGAGGAAAUCUCGCAAACCAACAUACAUUAUCUGAAAAUCUAUGAUUGUAGUUUUUCUAGAUCCCUGCACAAAGUUGGUUUACCCACUACACUGAAAUUACUAUUCAUCUCUGAGUGCUCGAAAUUAGCGUUUCUCGUACCUGAGUUGUUCAGAUGCCAUCUCCCAGUCCUUGAAUGUCUACACAUCGAAGGUGGUGUUAUCGAUGAUUCUCUCUCGUUAUCCUUCUCAUUAGGCAUCUUCCCCAAGUUGACUCAUUUCAUGAUCAAUGGUCUUAAGGGGCUUGAGAAGCUCUCCAUUUUGGUUUCAGAGGGUGAUCCCACAUCUUUAUGUUUCCUGUAUCUAGCUGGUUGCCCUAAUCUUGAAUCUAUCGAAUUGCACGCUCUCAACUUGGAGUCUUGUAACAUUUUUAGGUGCUCCAAGCUCAGGUCGUUGAAUUUAUGGGAUUGUCCAGAAUUGUUGUUUCAGAGAGAGGGUUUGCCUUCCAACCGACGUGAACUUGGAAUUUCCGGUGUCAUGCCCCAGGUGGAGUGGGGUUUGCAAAGGCUGACCUCUCUUACUCAUUUCAGAAUCUUAGGUGGAUGUGAAGACAUUGAAUUAUUUCCCAAGGAGUGUUUGCUGCCCUCUUCUCUGACUUCUCUUGAAAUCUCGAAUCUUCCAAAUCUCAAGUCUCUUGACAGCAGGGGUCUUCAACAACUCACCUCUCUUCUACGAUUAGAGAUCAGAAACUGCCCAGAGCUCCAGUUCUCGACAGGAUCGGUUCUUCAACACCUUAUCUCUCUAAAACAAUUACAAAUUGAAGGAUGCUCGAGGCUCCAAUCAUUGACAGAAGCGGGUCUUCAACACCUCACCUCUCUUGAAAGUUUGUGGAUCAAUAAGUGCCCAAUGCUCCAAUCCUUGACAAAAGUGGGUCUUCAACACCUCACCUCUCUGGAAAUAUUGGGGAUCUAUAACUGUCGUAAGCUCAAAUACUUGACAAAAGAAAGACUUCCAGACUCCCUCUCUCAUCUGGGCAUCGAAGGGUGUCCUUUACUGGAAAAACGGUGUCAAUUUGAGAAAGGGGAAGAAUGGCGUUAUAUAGCUCACGUUCCAAAAAUAGAGAUCAACCGUGUGCUAUAUUAAUCAAAGUGCCACUCCGCCAAUAUAGAGUCAGCACAGAGAAAAGAUUGAAGCAACAGACUGGGAACUCCAGCAAAGAAAAUCCGUUUCCCCUGGCCCAGACUCUAAUCUUUGGCAGGCUUUCUCUGAGGCAGGUGCCCAGACAACAAUAGCAAGUCUGUUAGGACCCGAAAUGGCCAUCACAACAAACCAGCCACAGAAGGAACUUCUGGCCCUGAAACUUGGGGUUUUGGAACAGAGAGUUUUACAGCCACCCCUGCUGCCGGCUCUAAUAUUUCCAGACCCUCCAUUGGAGGCAAUAAUGCCCAGCUGUUUGUUGACUCAAAGAAGAUUGAGGGCAAGCUGGCUACUCAACCUACUGAAUGGGCUGGUUUCUAACUUAUUUGGUGAGGCUUAUAUCAUCCUGGGCACUUCUGGCAAUAAGAGAUGGGAAUAGAUAAAAAGGCAAAACAAAAAGGGAUUCAUGGCUUUCUGGGCAUGAUUAUGCUUGUCUUGAGCCCAAACAACAUCAUGGUCAUCACAACAUUUUAUUUGGUAUUGAAGUGGUGUCAGAUCUAAAUGCAUUAGCUGGACAAUCGAAUGGUGGUUUCUUAUCUAAUGGAUGUUGUUUUACUAGACCAUGGAAUGAAAGAAAACUCAACCCUCUCAUCCAUAUCGAGAACCAUUUAAAGCCUGGGCCAUGGAAUAAGCUCAAGCCUUUCUGUACAGAGCAGCUGGACUCUCUCAAAUUUUUUAUUUGUAAAUAUCCAAAGCUAUGAUUUCAAAGUCAUUAAAGAUGCCAAUCCCUGUCCUCAGAGCUUAAAGAGUGUGUUAGACUGUUACCAUUGAUCACCUCAGUCCAAAAGGCAUUCCAUUCAGGGAAGAGGAAAUAGAAGAAAGUGGAAGCUCUUGAUGUAUUUUGAUUUUGAGCAAGGCUUUCUUGAUGUAUACUCUGACAUAUUGCUCAAAUUAAUCCUGAUGAUUUUCUUGAUUGGGAAGGUGACUUUUCCUGCAAGGAAGAGGAUAGAUUGUUCUGAUUUUGGCAGAGUUUUCCCAGUGAAGGAAUUGGAGGAAGGGGAGAUUCCUGGGUGCUGAACUAUUGAUGUUCAUUGCUCUGUUCGAGAAGAACAAGAAACUGUGAGUAGAAGUUUCAGGCUAGUCAAAAGCAAAGGAAAAGCUGAAGCUGAAGAUAUCAUGCACAAAAACAGGGGAGUUUCCAUUGAAACUUGCCCAAAUUAUGAUUGAACCCUGGCAUUGAGCUGAUGCUUCAUAACGUGUUAUUAUAAGAGAUCUAGGCUGCCAGAGUUGUCUGAAUAUACCCCAUAGUCUCUCUGAUGCCUGUACACAAGUCCUGGGGCGCCUCCAAUAAGGAAGCUUGAUCAAGAACCAUUGUGCAUAAACUCAUACACCAGAAGUCGGUGUUCACCCACACACUGCAGUAACGCAGCAAGUGCCUUGAUUCUUAUGACAGUGCCAAAGGCUUCUACCAUUGCUUGUACUCGGGAUUCUGUGAUAAAGCUGCAGAUUUUUGAGGUUCAAGCAGUAGAAAACUAGUGAAAUUGCAGCCAGAGAAACGAAGAAGAAGAACGCAGAGGGGCCUAAGAGGACUGAGAGUAUUAGAAUUGCUUUAUUUUGCUUGCCUCUGCCUGAAGUUAGUUCACUGGAUUUCAAUAUCUUGAUUUGAGCACUUCUGGAAACAGCAGUUUGAUCCAACCUCCCAUUUGAAAGAGGUAGUCUUUUCCUCCAACAGCUUCCAGUUCCAUUUGGAAACCUCAGGUCCUCAAAAAUAGCAACUGCACAGUAGGCUCCAACACCAAUCCCUGGGUUGGCAAUAUGGUAUUAGUUGGGUGCUUGAAGCUCUCCCAUAUACUGGUAUACAAUUUCCAUCUCCAAGCAUGGCACCAUGCACUGGUUCGCUGCUCACAUUACCAGUCUUUGUCUCAUAUAUCUUAGCCUCUAGAGAACAAGCUGUCCAUUGGUGGUAGCCAAACUUUUGAUCCUCUUGGCACCGGUUAACUUCCAUUUGCAGUCCAGAUAGCAAGAAGGAAUAGGUCCUCUUCACUUGGAGAGGGUCGGAAUCCAAAUGCAAAAUCACCAGAAAGGCAAAGCCCAUGUGGAGUUUUCAUCAGUGGCAUAGAGAGAUGAACCCAAGCUUAUAUUACCAUAAGCUUGGCUGAUGAGUAACAAGUAGGGGUAGAGAGACAAUGUAUGUAAGUUAUUAUUCACUGCUUUUCUCUGCAUGUUGAUUAAGUUGAAAGAGACUAGUGAAUAUUAUUUUCUUCUAUAAUUGAAUAUUCUCUU